AUCUCAAACUCAUGGCCUCAUUACUCAAAACAGUUAUCUUAGAUCUAAGAAAAAUGAAUCACCUCAUAAUUUUUACGUUAGUUAUUGCCAUUCAUUUUUCGUUCAAUGAAGCUUGCAACACACCAAAUGUUGUAGAAAUUCAUAACCAACUCGCUCCCGGUAAACUUCUCAAGCAUCAUUGUCGUGGUAGUAUUAACGAGCAAGAUAAAGGUGUCCAAUAUUUAAAAGUCAAUCAAAAUUUUACCAUUGUGUUUUCGGAUGUUUCCAACAGAAGAGAAAGGACAGUGUGGACAUGUAUGUUGAACCAUGGGGAUAAAAUGGAGUUUCAUUUUAAUCUUCAAGUAUACAGAGCAGCUGCAACUGAACGAUGUAAUCAGUAUCGCUCAUGGACUGCUAAGCCUGAUGGAAUUUGGUUUAGAAGAGAUCGUAAUAAACCGUCGGGACAUGUACGUAACUGGAUGAGAUAAGCAUAACUAAUGUUUUUUAUUUGUUUCGAUUUUUAUAUACUAAACCUAUGAGUUAAUAAUUUGCUGUUAGAAUAUACAGCAAAAUGUUGAAAGAAGACAUGAGUUCAUUUGAUAUCUUUGUAUGUUGUUUCAAAAUUUUAAAUAAUAAUACCAUAUCUUUAUGAGUG